AUGUCUUUAAUCCAGCCGGGCCCGGUCUUAGACCGAUGGAGCAACAACAUAAGCUACCGGCAACUGGUGAUCUCCUCCUGCAUUGGAAUUCUCCAGCUCUGGUGGCAUCCCUACCUCUACGACCUGCAGAAACUGCUGCCCUUCAUAUUCUUGUACAACCUGUUCAGUAUCAUCAUUGGAUACCCGAUGUUCUACCUCGAACUGGCGGUAGGCGUGGUCACUAAGAAAGGCGUGUUGAGAUGCUGGGACAUGGCGCCUAUGGCUAGAGGCAUCGGCUUUGCCAUGCUAGCGUGCUGCGUGUUCACGGCGCUGGCCCUCGGCGCGGUGGCCGCCUGGUGCCUGGCGCUGCUGGUGCACAGCGGCCACUCGUUCCUGCCGUGGCUGCACUGCGCGGCCGCCGCUCGCCCGGCCUGCGCGGCGCGGCACCGCCCAUUAGUGCAAGGGAGCGAGACGCCUGCGCAGUCUUUCUUCUUUAACUUCGUCCUAAGCCUGAAGCGCGAUGGCUUGGAAGGCGGCCUCGGAAACGUGGUGUGGGAGCUGGCCGUCUACUUCGUCAUCUCCUGGGUCCUCAUCUACUUCAUCGCCGUGAAGAAGAUCUACAGCUAUUCGAAGCUAGUGCUGUUCAAAGACGUGAUGGCGUACUUCGUGGUGGUAUGCUUUGGGCUGGGCGCGGCGCGGCUUGACGGCGCAGCCGCCAUGUUCAAACGCUGCGACUGGACUGUGCUGUUGAAUAACAUGCAGAUCUGGCGCGACGCAGUGGAAUACUCUAUCAUAGAGAUGACCGUCUCCCAGGGUUCCCUCGUCAUGCUGGGCUCGUACUGCCCCAAGCAACAGCACAAGCUCGGCACCACGGCGUUGCUCGCGUUCGCCGCUUCGAAAACCAGUUCGAUGUCGAGCGCUUUCAUAUUGGGAGCCGCCCACGGAGCCUUGCAGAAGGAUUAUGAUGUUAACAACACUAACAUUUGGGGCGGAUCCUCCACAUCGAUGGUGAUUUGGUCCGACUACGUGGCCAGGAUACCUGGCAGUCAGUUCUGGUCGUGUCUUUUAUUCUUCACAAUGUUUGUUCUGGCAAUCUCUUCAACGGCUCUUCUGGUACAAACCAUAAUGUCAACGCUGACCGGCCAUGCGAUCCGAAAAAUCACUUGGGCCUUUUUGAUUUUUAUUUGCUUUCUAUUCUGUUUUAUUGGAAUCAUAUCGCUGUGCACACAGGGCGGCUUAUACAUCCUGAACUUCCUAAUGGACUGGCCGGUAUCCAAGCCUCGCACGCUGGUAGCGGCCGCUGUGGGCGUGGUCGUGAGCUACGUGUACGGGCAGACCACGUUCUGCGAGGACGUGUACUUCGCCGUGGGGGAAUAUCCGGGGGUGUUCGUCAGGGUUUGCUGGGCGCUGUCACCUGUAUUGCUUGUGAUAAUGUUCGUAGUCAGCAUGGGGUCAUGGCCAGCGGGCGCGGCGGCGGGCUGGAUGUUGGUGGCGUUGGCACUGGCGCCACUUGUGCUGGUCAUAUUGUUCUAUGCCGUCUUCAAGUGCCGCGUCAGGAAUAUUGUGGGGACUGAAAAAUAAAUUCGAAGUCCGGUGUAAAAAGGUGUACCUAGCAUUACUUGCUGUGAA